ACGAGCCAAAUUAAAUUCUAAAAGAGCUCAUCUCGUGUAUGUAUCUAGAGGAAUUGAGUAAUAGUUAAAAAAGUUUGAAAAAUGAUAAAAGUGAAAAGUAGAGGUAAAUAGCACGAAAAGAAACAAAAGAGAAAAGAAAAUUGGGUAAUCCAAUGGGAAAAAAGGGCAAAGAAAGCAAAAACACAAACAAUAAUAAAUGAUGAUGACCAAUCUGUGAUUGACGCAUUUCCAUCCCUUCAAACAAACUUCCCUUAUUAGCUCACUAUAACUAAAUUAUGCACAGUAAACCAUCCAGGUGAAGAAUAAUCAAUCAUGGGGUCAAAGCUGGAUUUGGUGGCGACGUUGCUCUUACUACUUGCCGUCAGUGCCGCUGCUGAUUACGUCAGGCCGCCGCCUCGCAAAACCCUUCAUUUUCCAUGGUCCCCGAAGCCUUCUUCCUAUCCCGAGCAGGUUCACAUAUCCUUGGCUGGAGCUAAACACAUGCGAAUAACAUGGGUUACUAGCGAUAAACAUGCCCCCACCAUUGUUGAGUACGGAACUUCUCCCAAGAACUACAGAUGGACGGCUCAAGGACAGUAUACGAGCUAUAGUUAUCUCCUCUACAGUUCUGGAAAAAUUCAUCACACUGUGAUUGGCCCUCUCGAGGACAACACCUUGUAUUUUUAUAGAUGUGGUGGAGAAGGUCCCGAGUUCCAGCUCAAAACCCCGCCUGCCGAAUUCCCGGUUACAUUUGCUGUGGCUGGCGAUUUAGGCCAGACUGAAUGGACCAAGUCAACUCUGGACCAUAUCCAACAGUGCAAAUAUGAUAUUCACUUGCUGCCUGGUGACUUGUCUUAUGCUGAUUACAUGCAGCACAAGUGGGAUACGUUUGGCGAGCUGGUGCAGCCACUUGCGAGUGAGAGGCCGUGGAUGGUGACACAGGGGAACCAUGAGAAGGAGAAAAUACCAUUUCUCGUAGAUGGUUUUGUGUCGUACAAUUCUAGGUGGAGAAUGCCGUAUGAAGAGAGCAACUCGAGUUCGAAUCUGUAUUAUUCGUUUGAUGUGGCUGGAGUUCACAUUGUGAUGCUUGGUUCAUAUACGGAUUACGACGAGUACUCUGAUCAGUAUGAGUGGUUGAAGGCUGACCUGUCAAAGGUGGAUCGCAAGAUGACACCCUGGAUUUUGGUACUAUUCCAUGUGCCAUGGUAUAACAGUAAUGCGGCUCAUCAAGGUGAAGGUGAUGACAUGAUGUCAGCAAUGGAACCCUUGUUUUAUGCUGCUGGCGUGGAUAUUGUGUUUGCUGGCCAUGUGCAUGCCUAUGAACGCUCGAAGCGUGUUUUUAACGGUAGAUCAGAUCCUUGUGGAGCUGUCCACAUUACGAUUGGCGAUGGAGGUAACAGAGAAGGAUUAGCACCCUGGUACAAGAAGUCCCAACCUGAGUGGUCAGUCUUCCGAGAGGCCAGCUUUGGUCAUGGUGAGCUCAGAAUUGUGAACUCAACUCAUGCGUUUUGGAGUUGGCACAGAAAUGAUGAUGAUGAACCAGUUAAAUCAGACCAAAUCUGGAUAAAUUCGCUGGUUAGCUCGGAUUGUCUUGCUGGAAAGAAUCAUGAGCUGAGAAAAAUGCUCUUGGAGCCAUAAAAAGACCAGUGGAUUUCAAUGUAAAAAAAUGCCCCACUUAGUAUCAUAUGCGUGUACUGCCAAUGGAGUUGUUUCAGCUAAAAACAUAAUUCUGGAUUUUACUAGCUUCGGAGCUGGUUUAUUUUCCUCUGAUGUUUGGUGCAUAUAUCUGUGUAUGUGUUUUGAACUUUUGAUUUGCAGUACUUAAAUACAUGUAAGAAGAUAUAUAUAUAUCGGCACUCAGUCAAAAUUGCAUAUUAAUGCAUGAUUGUUAAUUUGUUCUGCUUUUUAUUGUGUGUACUCCUCCUCGUGGUAUAGUAGUGAAACUUGAGAUGGAUGUUGCCACAAAGCUGAGGCGAACAAGAACAAGAGCAAAAGGUGAAUGAAAGUCAAGGUACGUACAUAAUUACAUUCCAAAUAGCAUAUGAAGUUAAUUCUCAUUGACAAAUCACACACAUUACGUACAGAAAAAGCAAGCUUCUUAAUUCAAUUAAGAGGUAGCUAGUCAUCCAUUGGGGUUAUUAGGAUGGGAGUAGUUGCUGAAGUAAGUCGUAAAACCGGAGCUGGCGGCUGAAAAAUUUCCAUAGUCGUGAUUGUCUUGUUGAUUAGGUGGCGACAUGAUUCAAUAAUAAAAUUUUCAUCAGUGAAUUGCGCAUACUGCUGGAAAAGAGUUUAGCAAUGAGGACGAGGAGAUGCGCCUGUGUUGUUGCCAUUGCCAAUCCCAGGUUGGAAAUUGAGUUUGGCUUUGGAUCCUUUGAACUGGAGAGCCGUACGCGAGGGCUGCUUCCUCGGCAGUGUCGAAAGUGCCAAGCCAAACGCGGGCCGCCUUUUUCGGGUCUCGUAUUUGCCCCAAGGCCUUUGCCUCACGCCUCUGUAGUGUUUCUUCACAUCAUCAUGCCCUUAUCCAUGCAGACAUAAGCUUUAUAUUUCAAUAAAAUUGGAUUAACAAUAAUAUAUAGUGUACCA